AUAUUCUGGGCUCUCCCAUCGUUAGAAAAUGUGUCAUUCCUUGUGAGUGUUGCGUCAGCUCAUCGAUAUGAAGGCAGCUGUUAGACCACGCUUAUUCCUUCUCAUCUGGUUUCUGUGCUUCUGCCUGGCCCAAAGAGACGGCGAUGUCAUGAACUAUUGCGCAGAAGGGACUCUCUGUGCACAUCAAGUCGACAUCCCGAUUGACGAGGUGCGCCGUGUGGUGGCCGUGUGGUUCGGCGAUGAGUACUCUGGCUCCGUGUUCGGCCCGGGACUCUGGAACAGCUUGCUGGGGGUAUAUGGGGGCAUGUGGUAUAAUUACACUGCGACACAGAGAGGUUCCGAGUACUGCGUCGUCCCGCAGGCCAGGCCCAAGAGGGAGACGUGUGACGAGACUACAGACAGCCUGUCCAUCAUUGUCUCUGUCGACACCAAAUGGGACCUUCAGCCCGUCAACCUGUCUUCCGGAUGCAGGCGCUACUAUCUGCUCGGCCUCGGUCUGCCAGUGUCCGAUUCGCCGACCAGACUCCUCUGGUGGCCGGGUGAGCUGGCGGACAAGUUGAUUCUGGGUCUCGGAAAAUCUUCAGUGUCAAGUACACCAUUUACGACCUUUGAAAAAAUAGAAUCACAACCUUGGUACGACAUAACCUUUCAGCGAGGGCCCAAUGGAUACAACUGUGUUGUAAAAAGUACAACACUCAACGUGUCCCUCACUUGCCGUAGGGACCAAACACAACCGUUUUUCUUUAGAAGUCUCAACCAUAAUGACACGAGCGCUCCAAGUUUCUUUUCCGUGAACUGCGAAGACACAGGCAUCGACUGGCGCGUGGGAGUGGGCGCAGCGUUUCUCCUGUUCAUUUCUUGGUCAUCCCGCUUGUUUGUUUUUGGAAAGUCAGGUCGUUCAAUGCUCGUAAGAUGUAUGAGGACAUCUAUAUGCCCUGCUUACAGCGUGAUCGGUGGCGAGGAGGGAUGCGACUACAUGGAGGUGGGCUUGUUGAGAUUCCAGCAAGAGAUGGAGAAUGGGGAUGAGAAUUCCCUCUAUAUAUCUUAUGAUAAUCGCAAUGCUGCCAAUGAUUAAUUUGCCAGUUGAAUCAAAGGCAUAAAAAGGGACUUAGAGGGAAGGAAUAAACGAAUUUGCUCCAGAGGUCUCCACCUUCCUUGUGUGUCCUAAGUUUUCCGAAAUGCCCGAGAACUUCUACUUUGUCCUUAAGUUCCGGGAAAGUCUCGACGUCUUCUGCCACCGCUAGCACAUCCAGUGUCUGUUGAGGUCUCGCUGUGACUCCUCUGUUAUUUAUUCUCUCUUGCCGCCAUCCCAACGGUGAUCUAAUAUGCCUUGGAUCCCUUCCUUUCUUUUCCCACUCCAACACCCAAGGAAAUUUCGCAAGGCAACUAGACUCCUGCAGUGGCCUUUGAUGUAUCAGCAAACCGAUUGUGACUGGGACCUCACUUGCCGCUACGGUGUUAAAUUCAGUGUUGGUUAUACAGUGUAAUCCAGUUAUGAAGAAAUGACAUACCAUCAGAUUUUUCCCGAGAAGUGUCAAGAGGCGGCAUCCUGUGUUUUGGCUAGUGUCUUUGUUGAACAUACGCUUGAACUGACUGUAUUUCAGAAACACAGCACAGCAUUGUGCCAAUAGCAUUAUUGGUGAGUUCUGUUUGUUAUUAUCACCUGGGUCUUUACAAUUAUGCUGUAAAAUGUAAACAGUACCCUGUCCGUGUGAAAGGUUAAAUUGUAUUUUACCAUUAUUUUGUAUUUGUUGUUCAUAUGUGAAUUGUUUACAGGAUGGACCCUAUAAUAAAGGAGUAACUUCCA